AUCGCAGGUAUCCCGUUAAUCCGACAUGGCCGCCGUGCCGCUUUCGUAGCUGCUUCAUUUAUUACGAUGAAAUGGCCACCCCUGAGAGCAUGGCGUUUGCCCGCUGAUACUGCGUUCAAUCAAGCAAGGGACCGCGGUGUCGCGACUACGGAGCGAAGCCUUCGAGUGUUAUGGUGAAGUCGGCGUGGACUCGGUGAAACGAAAGAAAAAAACAACGCGACCACCAUGUUCCGCAACAAAGGUUGGUUCUCCGGCGGACUCUGGAAACCGAAGAACCCGCACUCCCUCGAGCACCUCAAGUACUUGUACCACCUGCUGUCGAAGAACCAGACGGUCACCGAGCAAAACAAGGGCAUCCUGGUGGAGACGCUCCGCUCGAUCGCCGAGAUCCUCAUCUGGGGCGACCAGAAUGACAGCACCGUGUUUGAUUUCUUUCUGGAGAAGAACAUGCUGUCCUUCUUCCUGAAGAUCAUGAAGCAGAAGUGCGGCCGCUACGUGUGCGUCCAGCUGCUGCAGACGCUCAACAUCCUCUUCGAGAACAUCCGCAACGAGACGUCGUUAUAUUACCUCUUGUCCAACAACCACGUCAACUCUAUCAUCGUGCAUAAGUUUGACUUUUCUGAUGAAGAGGUGAUGGCUUACUACAUAUCAUUCCUGAAGACCCUCUCUCUCAAGCUCAACAACCACACCAUCCACUUUUUCUACAAUGAGCACACCAACGACUUCCCUUUGUAUACCGAGGCCAUCAAGUUCUUCAACCACAACGAGAGUAUGGUGCGCAUUGCGGUCCGUACGCUCACCCUGAACGUCUUCAAAGAAGCUAAUGCCAGCAGGCCCGAAGGCAUGCUGCAGUCCAAACAUAAGAGAAAAAACGGACGUGUGGAGGACAGGGCGAUGCUGAAGUUCAUCCGGGACCGGACAGCUGCGCCCUACUUCUCCAACCUUGUCUACUUCAUCGGCAAGCACGUCCUCGAGCUGGACAACUGUGCCAUGCAUGCCGAGCACGGCAACAGCACUCGGCUGUCUGACCUGGUGGCCGAGCACCUGGACCACCUCCACUACAUGAACGACAUCCUGUGCCUUCGCAUCGAAGCCCUGAACGCGGUGCUCACCGACCACCUCCUCAACCGGCUCCUGGUGCCCCUUUACGUGUACUCGCUCGUCCAGGGACCCCACCCGUGCCUGGCGGACGACCGGAAGAAAGUCAGCAGCGUAGUCUCGUUGUUCCUCUUGUCACAGGUGUUCCUUAUAGUGUCGCAUGAGCCAUUAGUCCGGCAGCUGGCGAACAUCAUCCUGAACCGAGACAUGAAAGUGUUCACCUCACGAGCCAAGGACGACUCCGCCUCAAACAAGAGUGACUUGGGCAGCGAGCCCGAGUUUGCGGCCCCCGAAGAAACGCUCGAGAAGAGCCUGGAGACAUGGACAGCUGUGGCCCCGGCAAGCGAGGCCAUGGCAGCCAUGAGCGCCGAGGAACAGGGCUGCCGCGGCGACCCUCACGCUAGCGGCUCGGCUACGACGACACCUACCAACUCUUACCCGCCUGGCCUGCACCCAUCGGUGCCCUGCCACCCGGAGGACGGCGAUCACUCGCAGCCAGUGUCAGCGACGGACUGUGAGGUGAACCCCGCGUACCUACCCGAUGGCCUCAACAUCACGGACGAACAGAAGGCCCAGGCAGCGCAGAGGCUCAACAUGGCUGCCAUGGAGCAGCUCAGCCAGGGCUGGCCCCUCUGCGAGAGGCCCUUCUUGGCGGCCAUCUUGAACGCCCUUGACUGCAGCGAGAACGACCACCCAGCGUUGUUUGCGCUCUGUCUACUCUACGCGUUGGGCCACAACCCAGGCAUCAACCGCGAGCUGCUGGACACAGUGCUCAUGCCGUCACUGAAUCCAGAGACGAAGCACUGGUACAAUGUUGCCCUCAUGGACAAGCUGAUCCAGAUCAUCAGCUUGAGCUGUAAAUACGGGAGCAAGGUGCGUCUGGCAACCUUGGAGAUGUCGUUGCUGCUGCUUCGUCAGCUUGCGACGAUCGACGGCGAGUCUUGCCUGCAGGACCAUCACCUAGCUGGCUUGGAGCAGGCCAAGGAAGAGAGCACGCUGCUGCUCAGGAAUUUCUACAAGAGUGAAGAGAUCUUUCUCGACAUGUUUGAAGAUGAGUACCAGGAGAUGAAGAAGAAGCCGCUCAACGUGGAGUACCUGAUGAUGGAUGCCAAUCUGCUGCUGCCGCCCAUGGGGACGCCCAUGUCGGGGGUGGAGUUCCACAAGCGCCUGCCAUGUGGCGAGGUGGAGAGGGCACGAAGGGCAAUCCGGGUGUUCUUCCUGCUUCGCGAGCUCUCGCUGUUUCUGAGCAACGAGCGGGAGACGCAGCUGCCGCUCACCAACCUGGCGAGUUGUGUCAAGGUGGACGACGUUCUAGACCUCAACAACAGCGACCUGAUUGCCUGCACGGUGGUCAGCAAGGAUUCGCAGAAGAUCCGGCGCUUCAUGGUGAUCGACGUGGCGCAGCUCGUCCUCGUGGAGCCGGAUUCCAAGCGAUUGGGCUGGGGAGUGGCCAAGUUCGUGGGCUUCCUUCAGGACAUAGAAGUGACAGGCGACAAGGAGGACAGCCGGUGCCUGCACAUUACGGUGCACAGCCGGGGCGCGGCGUGCCGCAGCGCGAGCGGUCCCGGGAGCGCGCCCCUCCUGGCGGCGCGCUUUCUCUUCGACGACCACAUCCGCUGCAUGGCGGCCAAGCAGCGCCUCAACAAGGGGCGCCUGCGUGCGCGGCAGCGCAAGAUGCACAGCAUCGCCAGGCUGCUCGACCUGCCACUCCAGCCACCAUCACCCCUGCGGCACCACCCGCACACGCCAAGGGCGCCGUGCGGGCCGGUGGCCUCGCUGGCGGCAGCGUCGUCAAGUUUAAUGCACCGAAGCCUCUCCCAGGACACAGGCCUGCGCGGUCGAGCCGGCACUGUGGGUGGCGCGGGUCCACCGCACCACCAGCCUUACAGGCCGCUGUUCACAACGUCAUCGAAGGUGCCUGGCUUUGCCACAGCUCGCACUGGGCACCGAGGCAGUACUGGCGACAUCGAAGGACGGCAGCGAAGGCGUUCAGGAAGCAGCCCUGUCUCUCGUGGCCGGUCAUCGUCACGGGAGUCCUCUCCGCGCCUGGGUCACCGGUCGCGGGAUCACUCCGAGGAGAUACCCCUGGAAGACCUGUCGACCAGGGCACUGCCCGCCGCAGGCAGCCCGUCUCCCGUGCAGAUAAGGCCCUGCUCCAGCAGUUCUGGCGAAGGCGGCUCCAGCGGGGUCUGCAAGAAGCCCCGCUCCGAAGAGACUGCCAUGGACGAAGGUGUCGAGGUCGUGCCGGAGGUUGCCGUCACGGCUGCGCCGAUCUCCCUGGUGGUCACUGCGACGGAGUCGACCGAGUUUGAAGUGCCACUCCUGCUUCCACCCAAAGAAGGCUCCGCCGCCACACUUCCGUCUCCCACAUCCAGUGGUGACGAGACAGGCGAAAGUCCGGCGAACGAGUGCCGAAAGCCGUGCUGCUUCAGCGAGACGUCCUUUUCGGAAGGGUCCAGUACCACAGAGCACUGCAACGGGGACUUCUCGGAGGAAACGACGUGCCGGUCGUCGUCAGAGGAGACGACCGUCCUCGGCACGGAAGUGGACGACGGCUUCGAGGCGACGCUUACUCUGGCCGCAACGUCCAAGGCCAAAGGCUUUACCGGAAACAUCUUGGAGUUGGAAGAAAGUCAGCAUUAGACAUUGCGAGAUACUUUGUAGACAGGCUUCAGCAGUGGGCCACGGGGAACAUAUAUACGACAGUUGGUGGCAACAACAUGGUGCAACAACGCAAGCGUCUGAUGGAGUUGAGAUGACGCCCGCGUGCACAGAAAUGCCGACUCGCAGCGUGGGUCUCGCACUCAGCAUCGCUUCAUUCAGCUGUCUCUGCAGAGCACGUGCUUCGAGACAUGCGCCACGUGACUUCCGAUCAUUCGGUAUUUCGGGCAAUCCCUGCUUAGCCUGAAUAUUCCUUAUAUGCCUUAUAUUAGAAUGCAAACUUGCAUUCUUUUUCUGGGCACCCUCAACUAGUAAGGUAGUCACAACUAUAUAAGUUGAGGGUGCCCAGCUGGGGGACCUGAGAAAAAGAAUGGAAGUUUGUAUUCUAAUAUAAGGCACAUAAGGAAUAGUACAAAUAGUAUGAAGAAAUAGUAUAAGAAAUAGUGAAUAAGUACGCUAACUGCUGGCCGGCUGGCAGUGGACAAAGGGUGGCCGCCGGCAAGGAGGCUAAUGGAAAUGCAGCACUUUUCGACAUGCUGAUGUGGUCGAUCCCAUGCCCCAUCUUCAUGUGUGCGUACGCGUGGCAUGCACGAAGAGCGAGGGCUCGAGCCGUGCCAGAAUUGAGCCAAUGGAGGCAGCCCACUGACCCUUAGCAGGUGAAAUUGACAGCCGAGUGACAGUGCUUCAUGACCUGCUGGCAUCCCGUCCAGGCAGGAAGACACGGGACAUGGGAGCCCUUAGAAACGCAACAGCAUUGCGAAAGUGUACACCCAGCAUUAGACUCCCACAAACUACAGCUUUAAUUUGGAGAGGGGACACAUGAAACUUCACAGCAUACCGCUGAGCAGCAUUCGUAUUGAGGGCGGAACAAAAACAUUCAUUGAAGUAGAACAAAAAUAAAUGACUACCCAUACAGGGCUUCCAGUGGGGUACCAAGUUAAGCAGCACUUGGAGUAAUUUUUGAGAAAGUCGCACUGCCUGCGAAAGAGAAAUUUUCACUGCCGUACGAGGCUAAAAUCUGCUAGAUUUGGCAGAAAAUCAUCUUGUGGGACAUGGAGUGCAGUUUGGCACUCGUUGCAGCUGGGGCAUUGUGUGAUGCGGAAUGAAAGUGCUGACAAUGGGGGUACCUAGACUUGUUUGCAAAUAUGUUCCCCGUGGUUGCCCUCCCUCUAAGAUGCAAAUUGGGUGAGUGCAGUUCAAACUGUUCCAGAUGUCAUGAAAGUCUUCCCUCUGGCCAUAUUCGUGGUCACAUUAUGUUUGCAAAAAACACGUCCAUUGCCUGUUUCUGUGUUCUUGUGAUCCGGGGGCUGAAUUAUGUGCAUUUGGAACUUCUGUCCCACAACCCUUAUCUUGAGCUGUUACUGCAUCAUCUAACAAGCAACUUGGAAUUAAUCGCUAGAUCCUAGUUGCGCUGCUGGGACGUCUUUAUAUCCUAACUGCGCCUUGAUGGAGAGAGUGGAGUGAAAUAAUGUUUUAUGUGUUGUUCGAGGUGCUCGCUGUCGUGCCGCACAUUUUUAUCACGCUGGUGGGGAAGCAUCGAGAUUUUGUACAGAUCUUUCUACAAUGAAAAGCAUGCAUUUUUUUUAAAAACAUUUUUAGGGCUCUGGCACCUGCUAAAAGCCUGUCAUUAAUCAUGCAGCAUGUUCCUUACUGAAGCAGCUCUCAUUUUCAACGGUUGUCUAUGCUAUUGGCAAAUAUUUUUUUUGUAACAUCCCAUUUGAUUGCGACUCUGUCAACUUGAUGUGUACUACUUUCGGUUGGACUGUACCUACCUACACUGUGAGUGUUUCUAUUCAGUGACAGCCUGAGACUUUAGUACGAGCUAUGACCCCACAGAACAGCAGAGCAUCUGCCCCUUCGUUGCUGCUUGGUUUGAAACACUGUUUCGGAGACGUCAAUAUUGAAGGAAGUUUGCCUUCAUCAUGAUGUAGAAAUGAGCAUGCGCAAGGGACAGGUACAUUCGUCUUUUGUGUUCAACAGUGGUGUCCUGUUCCACGAAAUUGUCGAGUAGUCGUUAUAGCGUUGAUUGAAUUACGAGGGACUGUCCUUGUACAGAGGCAUGUCAACACCUCGUUGAUAAAGCUUUUUUUUCUUCAUUAGUUGGCUAGUGCAGACGUAGGUUUGUGGCACCGGGCAUUGCGUCGGUUGAGCCCGUAGCACUGGAAUUUUAGCAGUAGGAGUGUGUAGUCCUUAGCUCAGAUUUUUGAUGCUGAAAUAUUUGACCUCGCAGGAGAUGCCUCGCAAAUUUUUUUUUUUUUUUUUCGUGCAGUGUGUGUCUGCAUAAUGAAGAGGCUUUUGGCUGUGAUGCAUUGUAUUGCCUGUACAAAGUAGUUUUUCUUUUCCCUUCUGUACAAAGCGCACAGUUAUUAAUAUUUGCAUCUAGUCUCUGCGGGUGCGUCGUCUUUCAGCGAUCAAUUGUCAAGGGACCUAGCGUAGUGGAAUUGAUCCUCAAGCCACACCUGCUGACCACUGUGGUUAGUCAUAUGCCAAAGUAUACUUGCAGGCGUGCUGGACUUAGGAGAGGCUGGUGUGGCCAUGAAUGCUUUUGUCAGUUCCGAUGAUCGUGGGGGUUGUGGGGAAAGCAGCAGUCCUUGGAGGAUUGAAAAAGAACAUAAUUCUAAAAUGUGGGUUAAAAGAAGCGAGAUAGAGACAAGAGAGAGAGCCAGGAUGCACUGUUUCUGUACUUUCAGUUUGUGUAUUCAAGAGGGUAUGCGCUAAGUACGGCCCUGAAAGAAGUGGAACUGUCCGUUGUGGUCAGCAGCUUCACAGUGAGCGCGAGGUUUGUCAAGCAGCUUGCCGAACUGUCCCAGGACUGUGCUAACGCAUCUUUGCUGUCAUACCUGUUGGUGUACUUAUGUUUGGCACGAUCGGAGCAGUGUCUGCGUUGGAAUGAUGCAUUGUCUUGCCAGGACGUUGAAUGAGAUGUGUGGAUAUGUGUAACAAAAAAAAAAAUGUGCUGUAUAUUAGACCUUCUUUGUGUUUGUGCCUAACGAAUCUGCUCAAACUCUGUACUUUUUAGUGGCACGGUUGUGAAUGAAGGGAAUGUGAGGAGAUGUGAAACUGUUUCCUGUGGUAGUGCCAUGAAUGCUUUGUAGGCUGUAUUCACGAACGCACCUUGUCUGAACGCCCCUCUUCGAUUGCACCAAAUGGUGGUUGGAGUUACCUCUCGACUGAAGUGGUCACUAGUAAGCUCCACCAACACCAGAGUUUAAUUUAUGGCAAGUUCACCAAGUUUAGUUAAGCUUCGGUCAUAUCAGAAACAACUUUGCCUUUUUUUUUCUAGUCUUGGCAUCUUUUUAUCAGCUGUCUUUGGUGUCAUAAGUAGUAAAUUGCCUAGGUAAAAUUCCUUGAGGAACUUUGGCUAAAUUAACUGCAUCACCUCCAUUUUAUCUCUGGCGGGAAAUAUACACCUCCAUUUGUCCCGGUUUCUAAAUAAAUACUUAAAAGGCUGUUAGUGGGACCCCUGCAUGCAUCAAAACUGCUUCUCUAGGCAAAAUGCAGCCUUUAGAUCUGAUAAUGUGUGAGAAAAUCAGAGGCGUGUUAUCUCUUUUCACAUUGCUACCAUUGACUCGCUGCUGCAGGAGGUUAUUGAAAACUCUAGUUUGGAAUAACUCCUAAGGAAGAGGUUUAGGGACAAUGAAAACAUAAAAACAAGAUUUUGAACAAGUCUUCGUCAUCCUUACAAUCAUCACUUCACAGCUUUGCAGCGAAAAUAAAGCUUUUGAGUCAUGACGCAGCAACUCUGUCCAAAGAACAGUAACCAACACCAAGAAACUUGUUCCCUAAGAAUUUUGAAAGUUUAAUCGGGCACAGUCAAGUCUCUUGUUAAGAAGCACUUGCAUUGAUAACCAACGAGAAGCGUUGCUGAAGCUAAGAGACUACUUCAGUCAAAGAGGAGCUCUUUCUUCCAUUUACUGGAGCUGAGGUACAUUUGUGACUGCAAGGGAUCAUCUUGAUAUCAGAGGCUCAAGUACAAUUAUGAGCUCGCGAAACUAGAACAAAAUUGGAAUAUUGUGCUCGUGUUAGUGGACGCAUUGGAGUGCUUGGUCAGUAUGUGACACACCAUUAUUUGUAGGGAAAAACACAGCACCGUUACGUGGUGUUCAUCAACGAAGUUGAUUCUUCUUUUCUUUUUGUACUUGUUGGUGUUUGAAAUGUCUUGUUUAAGUCGUGUUUGUCCAUGUCGGUUUGCAAAAUGGGCUUUUUUUUAUUGCUGUCUUCAGAUUUACUGACAUUCGUGAAGCAAGUAUGUAAUUGCACGACAGUAACCACACCUAGUUUCUUAACUUUGGUAUUUAGGCUAAUGGCGGCAACCUUCACAAUGUUGGCAUCUUCGUUGCCUCCUCGUUCACUAGGUGGAAUGUACGUAAAACACAUAAUGCAGGGAUUAUGCGCAUAAUUUCUGGAUAAUGCGUCUGUCUUGGGUUAUUUAAACUCCUCUUUCUCUCUACACUGGGCAGUUAGUGACACAAGUUACCUUGGAGCCCCCUUAACGUUCACCGAACAUUUGGACUAUUAUUGGAGAUGGCUCGAACAGCAUUUCGCUCCAAUCCAUUUCAUCGCUCAUACAACUUGUUGCAGUGAUAUAGCAGGAAGGCGUUUAAUUCAUGUUCAGAGGCAGUCAUUCAAGGAAAAAUCUGUCCCACUUGGUAGUGAUUGAAUUUGAGGCAUUUUUUAUUAUAGUAGUGCCGCUCUAUACAUUCUUCGAGGGAGUGCAAGAAAAAGAAGAAAAAGGCGAAAUUAACAAGAAAGGCAACCACUAGCCGGGAAACUUGUUAAUGGAAUGUGUAGUUUGUAUAUAUUGAAACAGGCACAAAACAAGGAUUUCAGCUUGAAAUGUAGUUAUUUAGCAGUUUAUUCAAGGUUUACAGAAAUAGGAUAGCUUAGCACUUUGUCACCUUGAACCAAGCUAUGCCAUUUGGUAAUAAUGAAACUGGCUUGCAACUUUUCACACCACCAAUUUGGUUCACGUUUCUUACUUAAUUUUUUUUUUUUGCCUGUUUGAAAAUGUUUGUCUAUCUUUAGACGACACACUGCUUAAUCUCUUGAACUGAAUUUGUGAUUACCUCAUGCAGAAGCGUCAUUGUGUGACAAUUCAUCAGGGGUAAUCGUAAUAGUAUGCGGGGGUGCAUGGUCUGUUUGCUGGGAUCACAUUUCGGUGGUGUCACGAUACUUGGAAAAGCUUGUUUUAUUGGGGAAGCGUACAAGCAGGUUUCUGAUAUGUAUAACAUGCGUUCUUGGUUUGGGGUUGCAUCAGUACAAACACGUAGCCUGUACCAGAUGCCUGCAGCCAAUCCCAGCCCAUUCAUCAUUAUUUUCAUCUGCCUCUAAGCGUGCCUCUUCCAUUUUGCUACUUCUUAUCGUAUAUGUUAAGGCCUCCUAGAGGUGUUGGAGUGAGUUGCUUUGUUUUCGAUGCAUGUUCUGCUUGUAUCGUGAUUAUGUCGUCAGUCGAACCUCACUGUCACAAGGUCGCAUGUGGAUGAGAAUACCUUCACUAUAUCCGAUAUUCAUUAUAAGCAUAUGUCCAUCACAAAUUGAUGUCAACUGGAAAGAUUUUAGAUUUACUUGAUUAUGUCCAGUAAUUCGUCCAAAUUAAAAUACCUUCCUUAUAUUCAGUAUUGAUUAUAAGCAUAUGUUUGUUAUACUCUGAUACUGGCAAGAAACAUUUUAUAUUUACCUCUUAUAUCCAAUAAUUUGUUGUAUUGAGGUUCAGCUGCACUUUGAGUUGUGCCAGGAAGUGGAGGUCAGUGCAAGAAUUCAAGGUGUCCCUGGAAAGAAAAGAAAUGCUGGUGUGCGAUUUCCUGUUGCACACUUUUGAAAAGAACCUUGCAAAUGGUGUUUCAGUGUAGACAUAGUCAUGGGCUUUUUGGUUUGCUUAGUGAAUGCAUCAUUUGUGUUUGACAUUUUCCAGAGUACACUGAACACAGAUUCGAAUAAUUCAUGGUUUAGUGGCCUCAGAAAUAAAGUGGCUUUAAAAUCAUUAGCUAUCAUCUCCUUUUCGUUUAAAAAAAAGCCAGCAAAUGCUUCUUUGUGGACGUGGGAAUAAUUCGAAAUUGGCGUGAAAGAAAAGCAGUGGCAGUUCUUUGAGCCUUCCACAAUGUACUAUGUUAUGAGCAUGUUUUCGUUGGUUUUAGAGGUCCACAUUCAUCUAAUGAAAUUCAAAGACAGGAAUUCUGCUUCAUUAAGAGGUUCGCUCAAGGUGGGGUAUGCAGUACAACAUAUUUGGACCUGUCUGGGAAUUGUAGUCUGGUCGUAGUGGAAAAGGUUCGUUAAACCGGCAUUAUAAUGUAGCCUUUUCCAUUGUGAUGGCUGCAUUGCAAAUUCGUCUUGGUGCUUCUGUGUAAAUAUUUCUGGCAGCGCAAAAUUUUUGAUGUAGAAUUUCCACAGUGUGUGCAGUCGUGCUCGUGACUAAACCUGUUUGAUUGUUGAAGUGUUGCGUUCACGUUUGCUGUGCAUUAGUCUUUGAGCCGUUGUGCUUAAAGGGAAGCUUCAGCUUGAAGUCUGGUUUUCUAAUUGAAAUGCAUGUAAAAUGCAGGAAUGCUCUGCUUAGACACCAGUGUGAAUUAAACGUGUUGCAUGUAGUUGAAAAAAGAAAGUCAAACUGUAGCACACUUUAGUAAUGGCCUUCUUUUUUUUUCCUAGGCUAUGCCUGAAUUUGAAAAACUUUGAUGUUGAACCCCAUGUUUGUAAUUCCAUAACUCUGCACCAACAAAUGAUUGAGGACCUCAACAGAGGGAGUAUAAGAGUGGGGUUGAAGAUUAAUGUGCAGAAAACAGGUAAUGAAGUGAGACGGGCAAGGGAACGAGUUCGGGAUCGCCAGUCAGCCUCUAGAGUCCGUGAAGGAGUAUGUUUACCUAGGUAAACUACUCACAGGGGACCUUGACCAUGAGAAGGAAGUUUAUAGAAGAACUAAAAUGGGUUGGAGCGCAUUUGGCAGACAUUGUCAGACCCUGACUGGAAGCUUACCACUAUCAUUAAAGAGAAA